CAUCGACGAACCCAAUCAUUAUACCCGUCAAUCAUGCCGCCGAAACAAACACAGCAGAAAGCAAAACCGGAAGCUUCGAACAAUCAAGCGAUGGCCGACAACAACGCGAACGGACAGGCUCCGCAAAGCGGCAUUCCGGAACGUGACAUCAAACAGAACUCGGGCGUGUCUGCCAGUAUGGCACUGCAAGCCACGCAAAAAGCAUGGGAAUUGAGACAAGCCGCCAAGGGAGCGGGUGAUGCGGACGCACGACAAGCUACUCUUGCAAAGGCUGUCAACAAAGAGAUCGAGGCCGAGUCUUUUGGCAAGGCAGCAAAGUACGCUCAGUCUGGAGCCUUCCAAGGACUCGCUGCCGGUGCUGGCUUGGGAGUACAACCUGGUGUCACCCUUGGUAAGCUUACCGGAGCCAUCGUUGGUGGUACAGUCUCGACAGUGACUGGACUACUCGGCGCUGGCGUUGGUUCUGUCUACGGAGCCAUGAGAAGCGAACCUUUGUGGAACAUGGGAGAGAUGGCUAGUCAAGGUGUACAAGGUGUCGUCGGUGACUUCCUUCCCGAUUGGAAGUCAACACCUGCACAAAAGAAGGCAUUGGACAAGAUGGUCAUGCAGACCAAGGAGACACAAGCACCCAGCAAGGACGAGCUCGAGCAGAUGAAGAACGACAUGCCCGACCAAGCGCCAUCGUCUUGGUCGCAAUCAGCAAAAGAUAUGACCGGCUACCUCCCCGGCAUGCCGUCAAUGCCCAGCAUGCCCUCCAUGUCACAAGCAGGUUCUGCCGUCGGUUUGGGCGGUCUGGGCGCAUCACUAGGCAUGGGAGGAGGUGGAGGCCAGGAAGCCCAACAAACCACCCAACAACCCAAAAAGCGAAGCCAAUCUCAACCCAAGCAAAGCGAACAAGCACCCAAGCAGCAAAAGACAUCCAACACCCAGCAAUCCUCGAAACCCGCACCACCCAAGCAAGCCCCUAAACCGAAAGAGGCCCCCAAGCCCAAAGAAGCUCCCACAGCCAACACGACCUCAUCCCAACAAACACAAGCACCAAAGACGAAUGGCACAUCACAGUCUAAGCAGUCGACGGGACCGACAACACGAUCGGCUUCACAGAAGCAGACGCCUGCACAAAAGCCCGCUGCCCAGCCACAAGCAGCCAGCAAACCCGCCCCUAAGCCCGCUUCCUCGAGUGCAGCCGCAGAAAAGAAGAAGCCGAGGAAAUUGAACUCGGGCAAGAGCAAUGGAACACAAGCAAAAUCCACACCUGCUGCCGCAUCUGCUCCUGCGAAGAAAGGGCCGAGGAAGUUGGAGACGCGCAAACCUGCUGCUACUGCCGCUUGAUCGCUCUGCCAGCUAUCAAAGUCCGCACUUGUGCAUGUCUCGGUAUGAUGUUUUGGAAAAGUGUUUGAAUAGCGCGUUGGCCUUUUUGUAUAUGAUGUGGAUGCGUACAUGUCCGAUCCUGGUUUGUUGAUAUUUGUACAUAGCUUUAACGAUACCAAUGUUUUCUUAUU